UGCUGCCAGCUGAUAGCAGCCAGUUUGAUGUGUAACACGAAGGAGAAGUGCGUUUCCUGACUGCAAAAAUGACCCGCAGCACUCCGUCACGUCCCGAAAACAUUGGAUAGCGACGCAGCGAGUCUUAACUGAGUGUCUACAACACGGUCACGGUUUAUAUCCACUGUUAUCGUACUGCUUUUGAGGGUUUCUGGUCGGGGAAAUGUAGCCAUCGACUUGUCUUCAACCUGCGUGUGUUACUGCUCCACUGAUCGAGAUGCGUUUCAACGAGAAGGAGCUGGUGUGUCUGAGCCGCCAGCCCUCAGAGAUGGCAGCUGAACUAGGGAUGAGAGGACCCAAAAAAGGAGACGUUGUAAAGAAGAGGCUGGUGAAACUCGUCGUGAACUUCCUCUUCUAUUUCCGGACAGAUGAGGAGGAGCCAAUCGGAGCUUUGUUAUUGGAGCAGUGUCGGGUGGAGAGGGAGGACAGCCAGACAUUCUCUAUCGCAUUUCUGGAUGAGGCAGAGAGGAAGUAUCUGUUUGAGUGUGACUCUGAACAGCAGUGUGGGGAGUGGAUUGACUGCAUUAUCAAGGCCAGGAUCCUCUGGAGCAGUAUGGUAUAUCAGACGAAACUCGCUUCCAAGUCAGCAAUGGUCUGCAGCCGAAGCAGAGAGAUACCUCCUCUCUGUAGACCAGAGUCCUGCAUCCAGAUGUUCUUCAUCUUCAUUUUAGUUCAUUCUGCCAUUCCAACAUGCACUCCACACUGGUUUGAAAACAAAGGCAUUACCACCGCUAGCGUUUUAGAUGAUCACUGCUCUGAAUGUAUUUGGUGUUGCUCCGGCUUAACAGAGAGGUUCUUAUGAAAAUGGUGUAGCAGGGUAUCUUAGGCUAUGUAUUAUUUCUCUUAUGUCAUUGUCAUUCAGUCCAGGUAAGAUGGGGCUUCGGAAUACUGUACUUGUAUUUCAGGUUCAUGGGAUCUUUCAGACUCUGCUAGGUUAGUUGACUGCCUGUAUAAAACGUCUCUUAUAUACUAUGUUCUAUAGUAGACAUGCUGUAUUUUUAGACAAUGUGAUUCUGGGAGCGUUUGUUUGGGAGAUCUGGGGUUGUGUCCUGUCUAAGGAUUGUUAGCACUAAAAGCAAGACUUCCUUAAACAAAAAUCAAUCCAGGACAUAUAAACAUUUGGUUCAAAUCAAUCUGGCAGUAUUUACAGUGCUAAUAUGAACUGCACAGGCCCUUUGAUCUGCUGAGUUGAGCCACAUGUUACUCAGUUUUUGCUUGUGAGAAAAAAGACUUUUAGUAAUCCCAAUAUGUAUUUAAUCGUCUAGCCCAUUUAGAUUAUUAAGCUUUUAAAAACUAUACUUUUGCACAGAGUAAUUUACUGGGUGUUAGGUUUUUUAUUAGAAUUUCAAUAAUGUACUUGAAUCUACUGUACCUUUUUUGUGGCACUUUGAAUGCAAUUCCUUUAGGUAAGCUGCCGGACCAUGUUGGGAAACCAGACUCUUGACGUUUUUUUGUUUUUAAAAUAUCACACCAACAUCUUUAUCAGUGUAGCUAUAACAGAGUUGCAGCUUUUUGUGAGCUUAAAUUUAGCUCUCAGUGACAUUUCACCAUAACGCAUUGCUGUAUCAAAUUGGUAAAAUAUUUAUUUCAGUAGUCAGGAGUCUACCCACAAAGUGAUUGAAUGUUAAUUUGUUUUCAAACUUGUGUCCAGUCUGUUUUUACUUCAUGAUAGAUUAUAUUUGUUUCACUGCCUUUUCAGUCCUAUAGGUUAUCUUUUUUACUAAUAAAGCCAUUUGAAAGAUA